GGUUUCUCAGACCACCACAGAACUUCCCUGAAGCUCCCAGGACUCCCUCGCGGGCCAAGCCGGAGCAGCUCUGCACUUUCAUUGCGGGGAAAGACAAGAUGGCUGCUCCUUUGGUGGCGGCAGCAGCGGCUGAAGCCGCGGCGAAGAAGAAGUGGCAUGGCCUUCUCAGUGGAGCCCAGGCACUUCACAGACGCUGCUCCGGCCCCGCGUUGGGCCUCCAACUCCUGACUGGAGGAGUUGGGUUUCCGCGGCAGCUCCGUGGGGCUCUGGGGGGGCAGCUCCUUAUUUACUGUCUUCUGUAUCCAGAGCAGCCCCGGGCAGGCAGGUCCCUGGUCAGCCGAGGAGGCGGCCGUGGCGGCAGCGACUUAAUUGUAGGAGCCUUUGGUGUAGAUCGAGCUGUCUUAUACAGGGCCAGACCAGUUAUCACAGUAAAUGCUGGCCUUGAAGUGUACCCUAGCAUUUUAAAUCAAGACAAUAAAACCUGCCCACUGCCUGGAACAGCUCUCAAAGUUUCCUGUUUUAAUGUGAGGUUCUGCUUAAAGGCAGAUGGCAAAGGAGCACUUCCCAGGAAACUUAACUUCCAGGUGGAGCUUCUUUUGGAUAAACUCAAGCAAAAGGGAGCAAUUCGACGAGCACUGUUUCUGCAUAACAGGUCCCCAGGUCAUUCCAAGAACAUGACUAUUUCAAGGGGGGGACAGAUGCAGUGUGAGGAACUGAUAGCAUAUCUGCGGGAUGAAUCCGAAUUUAGAGACAAACUCACUCCAAUUACUAUUUUUAUGGAGUAUCGGUUGGAUUACAGAACAGCUGCUGAUGCAACAGGUUUGCAACCCAUUCUUAACCAGUUCACUCCUGCCAACAUGAGUCGACAGGCUCAUAUUCUACUUGACUGUGGUGAAGACAAUGUCUGUAAACCCAAACUGGAAAUUUCUGUAGACAGUGAUCAAAAGAAGAUCUAUAUUGGGGACGACAACCCUCUGACAUUGAUCGUUAAGGCUCAGAAUCAAGGAGAAGGGGCCUAUGAAGCUGAGCUCAUCGUUUCCAUUCCACCGCAGGCUGAUUUCAUCGGCGUUGUACGAAACAGUGAAGUAAGCAAGCUGCCUCUAAAAAUCGAAAUGCACUCACAGGUCUUAUUAACAUUAAUGAAUGAUCUACUUCCCUAUUUACUCUUAUCUGGUCUUCGUUUCAGUGUGCACCAGCAAUCAGAGAUGGAUACUUCUGUGAAAUUUGAUUUACAAAUCCAAAGCUCUAAUCUUUUUGACAAAGUAAGCCCAGUUGUAUCUUACAAAGUUGACCUUGCUGUUUUAGCUGCUGUUGAGAUAAGAGGAGUCUCAAGUCCUGAUCAUAUCUUUCUUCCAAUUCCAAAUUGGGAGCACAAGGAGAACCCUGAGACUGAAGAAGAUGUUGGGCCAGUUGUUCAGCACAUCUAUGAGCUGAGAAACAAUGGUCCAAGUUCAUUCAGCAAGGCGAUGCUGAAUCUUCAGUGGCCUUACAAAUAUAACAAUGACACUUUGUUGUACAUCCUUCACUAUGAUAUUGAUGGGCCAAUGAACUGUACUUCAGAUAUGGAGAUCAACCCUUUGAGAAUUAAGAUCUCAUCCUUGGAGACAACUGAAAAAAAUGACACAGUUGUUGGGCAAGGUGACUGGAACCAUCUCAUCACUAAGCGGGAUCUCACCCUCAGAGAAGGAGAUGUUCACACUUUGGGUUGUGGAAUUGCUCAGUGCUUGAGGAUUGUCUGCCAGGUUGGACGACUAGACAGAGGAAAGAGUGCAAUUCUGUACGUAAAGUCUCUACUGUGGACUGAGACCUUUAUGAAUAAGGAAAACCAGAAUCAUUCAUAUUCUCUGAAGUCAUCUGCUUCAUUUAAUGUCAUAGAGUUUCCCUAUAAGAACCUUCCAAUUGAGGAUAUCUUCAACUCCACAUUAGUUACCACUAAUGUCACUUGGGGCAUCCAGCCAGCGCCCAUGCCAGUGCCAGUCUGGGUGAUCAUUUUAGCAGUUCUAGCAGGAUUGUUGUUACUGGCUGUUCUGGUAUUUGUAAUGUACAGGAUGGGUUUUUUUAAACGUGUCCGGCCACCUCAAGAGGAACAAGAAAGGGAACAGCUUCAACCUCAUGAAAAUGGUGAAGGGAACUCAGAAACUUAACUUUGAUUUUUAAAGUUAUGCUACAUCCUGACCCAUUAGAAUUACCAGCUUCAUUAUAGAUUUAAAUUCCCUUCAUGAGGAAUAGAAGACUCUAAUAAUAAAAGACUCUACUGAUGAUGGUGUCCAUUGGUAUUAACCACACAAUGAAAGCAAUAUUCGCCAACCUUCUCUUUAUAAAUAAGUUCAGACAUACAUUUAAUACACAUACACUGACUUGUGUUUUUAGGUAUUUAAAUAAUAAAAUUUUAAGUGGUAGUUCUUAUUCGAUGUACCUAAGACAGGUAGUGCCUGCCUUACUACUUUAUAUAAAAUAGUACCUCCUACAAUUACUGUUUCUGAUUUAGUGUGUUGGAUUUUGCUGUUUUUUGUUGUUGUUUUAACACAACCCAGAUUUGGACCUUAGCAUCCACAUCUUUUGUACAGGUACUUAAUAUCAAUACAAAUUACACUACAGUUAGCUCUUCAAGCUACUAUAGACUUUAUAACUGCAUGAACUUGGAUUGUAAUACCACCUAUAUGGUAGAACUUUAAAAAAAAAAGAAAAAAAAAACAUGAUACCAUCAAAAUUCUUUCCUGUAAUAGUAAAGGUACAAUAUUUUUUCAAUGUGAAAAUUGGGUAUGUGCUAUUAAAUUUUUAUUUAUAUUUAAUCCACAA